AUGUCGGAAUCAGCCAAGCCCUACUUUGCAAUGAUAUGCCUCCAAUUCGGAUACGCUGGCAUGAACCUCGUGACCAAGGUUGUGCUCGACCGCGGCAUGAGCCAUUUCGUCCUUGUGGCUUAUCGCAAUGCCUUUGCCACGGCCGCUAUCGCACCUUUCGCCCUCCUCUCCGAGAGGAAAGUGAGGCCGAAGAUGACGUUCCCAAUAUUCAUGCAAAUAUUUGUACUAGGUCUUCUUGGACCUAUGAUCGAUCAGAACCUAUAUUAUGCUGGUCUUAAACUCACCUCACCAACUUUUUCCGGCGCCGUCACCAACAUCAUGCCCGCUUUGACCUUUAUCAUUUCCAUAAUCUGCAGGAUGGAGAAGGUGGACAUGAGAAAAGUAAGAUUCCAAGCAAAAGUGGUGGGGACAUUAGUGAUAGUAGUUGGAGCCAUGUUGAUGAUUUUAAUCAAAAGCCCUUUUAUCAACCUUCUCCGGUCUCACCUCAUCGGUGAUGCUUCGUUGUCGGUCGGGGAGGACUACCUCAAGGCCACCGUCUUCCUCCUCAUGGCCUCGUUUUCUUGGGCUUCCUUCUUUGUUCUUCAGGCGGCUACGUUGAAGAGAUACUCAUCUCACGGUUCUUUAUCGACGAUUGUGUGCUUCAUGGGAACGUUACAGUCCACAGCCCUAACGUUUAUGAUGGAUCCAAACCUUUAUGCAUGGAACAUUGGCUUUGACAUGAACCUUCUUGCCUCUGUUUACGCGGUUCGUCCUUCUUCAUGGGUAUAA